GAGAUAUCAGUGUCCCAUGUUGUUAAAUUAAGGAGACAAUUUCUGAAGAAAUGGUGGGAGGAAAAGACGCACUUGAGGCGUGAAAAGUGACUUUGAAGGUUGUAAAUUCUUAUCCUCUUUGGGAAGUAUGCCAGGACUGGCUGAUCCUUCUAAAGACUAAAAUGACCAAAAAAGACUCCACACAAGUAGAAGUCAUGUCGAAACCAGAUAUACUAGAUACUCUUUAUAUAUAUAUAUAUGGCUCAUAUAAAAAGACCACCAACAAAAAAAGAAGAUGAAAACCCAACAACAAAGCAUGCCUUCUUCACCCUUAUUGCCAUUAACGAUCUUGACACUGACCCUUCUCUCCCUUACCAUCGGUGCAAAUGCUCAACACUGCAGUGAAGCAUUCUUCAAACUUGCAGAACAAAAGAACAUCUCAGACUGCAAGAGAUUACGCACUCUGGGGGCCGAGUUUGCAUGGAAACUCCACGGCAACGGUUCUCACAACUCCACCGUCGUUGACAUCUUGUUCGGCGCCACACUCAAUGCCCCACAGGGGUGGAUAGGCUGGGGUGUCAACCCCGGAAGAAGACCAGAGAUGGUUGGGACCAAAGCCAUCGUAGCCGUUAAACGCUCCGAUGGAACGUGGCUUUUGGACACAUACAACAUCACCAAAGAGAUCAGAAACGGGUGCAAUCUUCUGCCAUCGAAAAUCGGAAUCGUUUUGGAUAUGUCGGCUGAGCGAGAUCUGGACAACUUGCACACCAUGCAUGUGAGAUUGAACCUUUCUUCUCAAGCCUAUAACGUUACGAGGUUGAACCAUGUCUGGCAAGUUGGCUAUGAUAUUGAAGGUGACCGUCCCCUUGGACACCCCAAAACUCUCCGCAACGUCGACAGCACAGAGGUCAUCGACUUGACCGACAGCAACGGUCGUAGCACCGGACAGUACCGGAGUUAUCUUAGAACGAUACAUGGAGUCCUAAACAUUAUAGGAUGGGGAACACUGUUGCCGAUUGGAAUUAUAAUUGCAAGGUACUUUCGGGUGUUUCCUUUCAAAUGCGACCCACUGUGGUUUAACCUGCACAUCGGUUGCCAAUUAACUGGUUUUCUGGUUGGCACCACCGGAUGGGCUAUUGGACUGAGCCUCGGCCAUUCUUCCAGAUACUACACCUUCCACGAUCAUCGAACCUAUGGCAUUCUCAUAUUCACCUUUAGCACAAUCCAGAUGUUGGCGUUUCGGUUGAAGCCAAAGGUGACGGAUGAUUACCGGAAAUAUUGGAACAUGUACCAUCAUUUUCUUGGUUAUGGGCUGCUGGCUAUCAUAUUCAUAAACAUAUUCAAAGGAAUUCGGAUAUUGGAAGGAGGUGAUGCAUGGAAGUGGGGGUACGUUGCAGAUCUUGCUUUUCUGGGUGCCAUCGCUUUUGGUUUGGAGGUUUACACGUGGAUUCACUUCUUUGUGUUGAAGCAGAAACAAAAUGCGAAGAAAAACGAUAACGAAAAGAAAAAAAGUGAGAACCAGCAGCCACCAAAAGUGCCUGCCUAGUAUCUUCCCAUGUAUCCAUCUCUAUCUAUGCAUCACCAUUACAAGCUGUUCAAUAUUGCCUCAACUAAUAAUGUCUAUUUUUUGUGUGUUUUUUUUCUUAGAUAUUUGAUUCAUUUUUAUUUAAAUUGAAAUAUCAAUGUACAAUAUCCAUUUCUGACAUUCAA